GGGAUAGCUCGACAUUAUAACAUCAUUCACCGCAGUCAAACACAACAAUAUGUCAAACUUACAUCUUGAGUGGCGAAGUAGCGCUUCCUAGUCGCAUCCCAAAGUCCUUGUCCGGGAGUUGACACCUAAUGACCUAAGCGACCGCCCCAUUCGUCGUCCAUCAUAGGUCGGUUUCCUCGCAGUUUCCCCUUCACAACUUCAUCAGUAUCUAGAGCCUGCAUGCGCUUGGGUCAGAUACGUUCUUCACUUCCGCCUACGGUGGACCAAAUCUAAGUCGACGCAGAGUCUUCCGGUGACUGCACUUGAUAGAAGAGAUCGAUACUCAAACCCCACCCACAAACAACGGUAUACGACCGAGCAUCUGACAAUUGAAAUUUACCUUCCAACCCUCCCAUCAGAGAUAUCCGACACAGGCAUGGCUCCCUUGAGAACGAUUUGGACCUAUUCUCAAGAAUGGUUUCUCGCACCUCGAUGCUGUGUUUGUUUAAGGCCUUUCCAUUCAACGAAGCCCAUAAAGCUCGAAUGCGAUUAUCUAUAUUGCGUCAAAUGCCUCAAGAGCUCCCUCAUCAGGGUUACCCAGGACCCAUCCCUUUUCCCGCCCACGUGCUGCAAGACCGUGAUUCCCCUGCGUCUUGCUAAAGAGCAUAUGGCCGAAAAAGAACUCUACGAAUACGGCAAAGCCAAGCUUGAAUUUUUGACAACCAGCUGGACUCGCUGCAGCAAGAUGACGUGUCGCGUACCGAUUCCGCCGAACAGGGUCACAGCAUAUCAUGCGAGAUGCCUCUGUUGCGGCACCUUCACCUGUGUUUGGUGUAAAGCGGCCUCCCCCCUCCGGAAUGAAUAUGAUAAGAAGCCUGCUCUAAGCAAACUUCCAUGUUCGGAAAUCAACCUAGGCUGGCAGCAGUGCUCUGACUGCAAGGCUCUAGUGGAGAGAACAAGUGGCUGUAGCUCGACAAUGUGCUCUAGAACCAGAUUCUGUAACGACUGUGGCAGAAGACGUUCGAUCUGCCGCUGCGGAAUGGAGCAAGCGAAGGAGUUUUACCAGAUUCGACAGUUGUCAAAGGAGAAAGAUAUACAGAGAUGGUGGAACUUGCGAUACCGCUUCGGAACUCUCCAGGGUUGACACGGGUUCGCGCUUCGCAGCCGUUGUUGCCGUAUUACUUCCGUUUCGGAUGUGAACAUGCUGGCCGUGCAGGGGCUUCUAGAAGUUAUAUCAUGUCUAUUUCUAGAUCUGUGUUCGCGCAAUGAAUGCCCCCACAAUUUGAUAAAGAAA